AUGGUCGUCUCCUGGGUCGCCGAGGCGCUGCUCGAGCGGCUGAUCGGUCCCUACGUGAAGAAGAAUGAGCGCAAGCUAGACCUUAGCGGCGGCACGAUGGUUAUUCGCGGCGUCGAGCUGCGGCCGGACGUGUUCGACAGCCUCGGGCUGCCUGUGACGGUGCGAGGAGGAGAGGUGGGAGAGCUGGAGAUUUCAGUGCCGUGGAGCAAGCUGCGCACCGAGAGCGUCGUGAUCCGCGUGCACCGCCUCUCGCUCCUGGUCGCGCCCGUGUGUGAGGAUGAGUGGGACGAGCCGCUCGAGGCGAGCCGCUUGGCUGCGCGCAAGGAGCGGGAGCUGCAGGCGCUGGCGGGCACGAUCGCUCCUUCGCCGGAGGCGGGCGGGGCCGACAAGAGCGGCUGGGUCGACCGGCUGAUGGAGCGGGUACUGCACAACCUGCAGGUGGUCGUGACGUCGGCGGUGGUCCGCCUCGAGGACUACUCGCACUCCUCCGUCCCCUUCGGCGUCGAGGUCGCGAUGGACUCGCUCUGGUUCCAUCCGGCGCACGUCGACUCGGCCAACGAGCCGCAAGCUGCGGUCAAGCAGUCGGCCGACGAGGAGCCGUUUCGACAGCGCGAGGCGCUGGUGUGCGCCCUGUGCGCCUACGUGCUGCCUGCGGCGGCGCUGCCGCCCAGCCUCGCCGUCGACGCUCCGGCGGCGAUGCGGCUCAACGCGUACGCCUGCCUCCUCGACCCGCUCUCCUUCGCGCUCGAGGCCGGCCGCGUCACGCUGCGACUGCAGCUGGCGGACGUGGCGCACCUCGCCGCUUGCGCCGCCUACCUCGGCGCCUUCGAGCGGCUCGAGGCGCAUCGGCGCUUCCGGCCGCGGCUCGGCUGCCGCCCAUCGUCGCACCCUCGCGCCUGGUGGCGGUACGCGACCGACGCCGUCCGCUGGGCGAUCCGGUCGCGCGACGAGCCCUUCACGUGGGCGCAGAUCGCGGCGCGGGCAAGGCAGCGGCGCGCAUACGUCGCUUUGCGCGCCAAGCAGCUCGCGGCCGGGUGCGGGCUGAGCGACGCCGAGGAGGUUUCCUUCUCGCAGCUGCGCUCUGCGCUAUCCGCGCGCGAGCUGCACCUCUUCGACCAGCUCGCAGAGGCCGCCGGGGCGGCACGAGGCGGCCGGGACGAUGUGCUGAGCGAUGAGCAAAGGCGUGCGCUGGCCGAGCUACUCGAGGAGGGCGACGAGGAGCCGCAGAGGCUGUCGGAGCGGCUCUCUUUGCACGGCCGCCUCCUGAUCUCCGAGCUCGUGCUCGUGCUGCACGCGCCGUCAGAGGCGCUCGCCGCGGACGCUGACCCCGACGCCGCCGGUGGCAGCACGCAGGCGGGUCCGGCGGCGCUGCAGGCGACCCUGACCUCGUGCGGGCUGAACUUUGGCGUCGCGAGCGCAGCCUACUCGGCCGACGCUUUCUUCAAGACGCUCGAGGAGAGCCGGCCACUCAUGCCGCCGCUCGAGGUGGACACGCGCGCCGCUUUCGUGGCGGCGGGCGUGCGCGAGUGGCUCCCGUUGCUCGUCGAGCGGUCGGACGACGCGCGGCGCGGCUCGCGCUGGCAGCUGAGCGCGAGCUGGCAGUGGGAGCCUCCCGACGGCGGCGAUGACGGGGCGUCGCAUUUGCGCGUCUCGGCACACAACUCGGAGCAGCUGCAGCUCCUCGCCAACCACGCCACCGCCAGCCGCGUCGGUGCGCUCGUCGCCGCCGGCCUCGCGACGGCCUCGCACGUGGGCGGCGGCCCGCUCGAGCUGCCAGGGAGGGGGGAGGAGGCGCUCAGCGCGCGGCUGACCCCGCCGGUGUGGCUGCUGCUGCUCGAGCCCGCUUCGGCCGGCUCGCGCGCAGUCUGCUUGCGAGCGGAGCGGCUGGUGACGUGCGCACGGCUAGGGCGUGCCGCUCCUGCGGCCGGGGGCGACGAGGCGGCGCGAGGGCCGGGGGUGGCGGUGAGCCGCGCGUGCGGGAGCUUGGCCUGCUUUGACCUCGAGGUGGGGCGGGCGCAGGCGGAGCUCCUGCGGCUGAGUGCAUGGAGGGCGCCGCUUUCGGUGCUGCCGCUGGCCGGUCAGGCGGGGACGAGCAGCCGCUGCCUCCUUCUCGCGCCGCUCGACCUGACGCUCGGCCUCGACGCCAGCCUCGCCGCCGCCCCCGGGGAUCGCCUCCGUGCGCGCGCCUCGCUCUCGCACGCCGAGCUGUGCAUCACGCCCGAGGCGAUCGCCGCCGCCACCAUCGCGGUCAACCUCGCCGCCGCCGACCGCAGGACGGGUCGCAAGGCUUUGCGCCACGCCUUGCGGCAACAGAGCCAUCAGGGCGAGGCGCUUCGCAGCAUGGAGGCGGCGGCGCUCGCUGGACCCGCGCCUCCGCCCAGGCGGUUGCUCCCAGCGCUCACCGCCGCGGCCGCACGGCUCGAGUUUGAGGCGCGGUUAGAUGGCGCGAGGUUGGUCCUCGAGUCGAGCGCGCAGCAGUUGCUGCAGCUCGAGGCGGGGCCGCUCAGCCUCGCGGUGAGCGGUGCGCCACUCGAGCCGCAGAUUGGCGGCGUUGGCGCCAAGGCGGGGCCGCGCGUGGGCGCAGCUAUCGAAGCGCGAGUCUCUCUUGUGCGCGUGGCCGUAACCGCCCCGCAGCUCGUCGGAGCCGGCGCCUUGGUGGCGCUCGAGCCGGCGCAGCAACAGGAGUAUGGCGGCGAGACGAUGCUCGCAGCAGCGCAGGAAGCCGCGCGGGCAGCCGAGGCGACGGUGCGCGUGAGCGUCGCGCCAGCUCCCACGGUGGAGGGCGGCGCACCAUCGUUGCUACGUCUCGCCCUCGCGUCGCCCCCGCGGCUGGUGUUUGGCGCCGUGUCGGUGUGUCUACCAGUGGGCCGUUCGCUGCUUCCCACGCUGUGGACUCUCCACUCGGACAUGGAUGCGCUGUCGCGGGAGCUGGGGGCAGCGCUAGCGGCGGCGGCCGCUGCCGAGGCCGACGAGGUGGCCCUCGCCCCGCCCGUGGCAUCUCCUCCGCCAGCCGUGCUCGACGCGCUUUGCGGGGCUAGCCUGGCCGGAGCCCGCGUGGAGGGCGGGCCGGUCUCCCUCGCGCUGAGCGACGAUGCGGCAGAUCUCAUCGAGCUUCGCCUCACUUCGCUGUGCGUCACACACCCGCCCACCGUUGCAGAAGGCGAUGUGGCUGCCGGGCUGCACGUCUCUAUCGGGAUGCUGGAGGUGCAAGCAGUCGCUACGGCGGAUGGCGCGCAGAGGCUGGAGCGGUCUCUCAUGCGCACGGCGAGUCGGGCAGGCGAGCCGGCGUUUGCGAUUACCUGGCGCGGUCCCAGCCAGCUCCAGCUUACCACGCAGCCGAUGGUGAUGCGGCCACCAGGUGGCACCGUCGACGGAAUCGAGCGUUUGCAUGCCGCGGGCCUCGAUUUCAUGGUCGAGCUCCGCGCCAUGGGCCCACCGCCAUCCGCCUCCUUCCGGCGAGCGAGGCUCACGCCGUGGGUGGCAGGGGCGGUGAUAGGAUAUACACAGCUGUUCGCCGAGCUUUUUCUUCUUCGCCCCUCGCUGAACUCCCUCUCGCUGGAGGUGCGGCUGCUGCGCCACGUGCAAGUCAACGCGCGCCUCGAGGUUUCCGUCUACAGCGCCAGCGCGGCCGCGUUUGAGCCGCUGCUCGAGCCGUGGGAUGUCGCGCUCACGGCUCGGCAGCAGCGAGCGCAGCGAGGCGGCUCCGUCUUUGUUCCGGGCAAGUGGUCUGCCCACGCGGACGGGUCGGCACUCGAGGCGAGCCUCUCGGACACGAUGCUCACCUCGCUGCUCGACGGGCGCGUCGCAUUGCUGCGCACGCUCGCCGCGCCCUCGGCUGCCGCCGCCAGCCGCCUCGCCGCGCCACCAGUACUAUUGCGGCUACAAAACGCUUGCGGCGCACGGCUUCGCUAUGGGUUGCAAGAGAGGCAGGGGAAGGGCAAGGGGGUGUCAACCCCCGUGGAGCAGUCCGGGGCGGAGCUGCCAUCUGCGGGCAGUACCGAGCUCGAGCUUCCUUCGAGUCCUGCGUCAGCCCGCGACGCGCGGCCGCUCCAGCGCCUGCACUUGAGCCUCGAGGUGCAAGGCGCGGCCGGGUCCUGGCACCGACUGCCGCCCUUGCCGCUCGCCCGCUCGGGCUCCUGGGCCCUCUGUGCCGUGCCGCCGCCCGACGGCGCGCGCCAUUCGCCGCUGUACGUGUAUUGCGUGAGCCGGCCGCUGCUCCUCGCUACAGACGGCGCCGUUGGCUUCAGCCUCCAGGUCCGCGACUCGCUUGACGCGGCGGCGGACACGCACGUGUCUCUCGGCGUGGUGUCUCCCGGCGGGUCGAUCCCGGUCCCGCCGCAUCUGAUGUCGGCGCGCGUGCGGGUGCGGCCGGCCCAUUCGAGCGAGGGGCGUGCUCGCUCGGGUGAGGGCGCGGGCGAGAGCGAUCCCGACGGGAGUGCGUACGAGUGGCCCUCCGAGACAGCGUCCUUCUGGCUCGCCUCGUGCUCGCGGGAAGGGGAGGCGGCGCGAACGCUCGGGCGGCUCCUGCUUCAGUUUCCGCAUCUCGCGGCCUCCGAGGCGCUCAUCGAGAGCUGGCGCGCGCGGCUCACAGCUCGGGUCGGCCUCCAGCCUGGCGAGGCGGUGCUGCACAGCUGUGCCGCCAGCCUCGAGGUGGACGGCGCCUCGGGCGGCGCCGCCAGAGGCACACUCCACCUCACUGACGUGCGGCUUGCCUUUGAACCGGCAGCAAGCAGCCAGCCGGCGCUGCGCGCUUACUGGGCCGACGUGCGAGGCGUGCACCUCGCCGCUGCCUCUGGUCCGGUGACCGCGCAGCAGUCCGGCGUGCCGUUGGUGGUGGAGACCGCCGGCGGCGCUCUGUGGCUUCUGCGCGCCAACUGUCCGCUCGGUGAGUUUGGGGAGGCGCUCGCGGGCUUGCUGCCCGAGGCGGCGCUGCAAGAGCUUCGACGGCUGGUGGGCGGCGAGGACGACGCCGAGUCUGCCCUCGAGGAGGCUGGCACCAGCGAGGCGGACGAUGCUGCCAGCCACGAGGCCGAGGCUGCCAGCUCGGUGGUCCAUCGGAUGGCGGCGGCGCGCCGAGACGGUGCCGGUUCCUACGAGGUGGCGGUGCGGGUGGCGAGUCGGCCAGCGCUCGCCCUCGCCGGCGCGCACAGCUUGUCGGCUCAGCCGCCGCUCCGCACGGUGGUGGUGCUGCAGCCCGCACUCGCCCUUGAGAGCGCGCUGCCGUACCCCGUGCAGUACGUCCUCGUCAGCCCUGCCGUCCUCGUGCCCGCCACCGCGGCGGGCACUCUGCCCGCCGGGGGCUCCUCGGCUGCGUCCUUCCUUCCGCGCGGGGAGCUGCUGCAAUUGCGGCUGCGGAUGGGGCGGCGGUGGGGCCCCGUCGUCGCCGAGUACGCCACAGACCACGCCGGCGCCGCUUCCGGCUGGAAGCCUCUCGUGGCGUCGAGCUGCUCGCUCGACGACCCUCACGGCCGGCCCGCCGCGAUCCACAUCGAGCGGCAAGGCGCCGGCUCCGAGCGGACCGUGCUCUGCCUGCGCGUCUCGGCGCCGCUGUGGCUCGUCAACGAGACGGGACUGCCGCUCAGCUACCGCGUGCGGCGGCCUCGCGGCAUGGCCAAGGCUCGCAAUCCGCGCACGGGCCGCACUUCGUUUGGUGAGAGCCCGAGCGAUGGCCUCGCUUGCGUGGAGGCGGAGCAGAGCGCUCCCGCGGCGGGCUUAGCUUCGACAGCCACCGCGAUGGACAACGCGAGGAGGCUUGGCCCGGCCCUCGGCCGUGCCGCGACCACCUCGAGGCUCUCCACCACGGCAUCAGCCACGGCCGCGGCGCGAUCCGCUGCCUCGCAGCACGCGGCCGCCGCGCCGCCGUCCUCUGCCCGCGGCAAGCUGCUGAGCCGUGCGCCCAGCCUGCUGCCGCCCACUGUCCCGCCCGUCGUGCUGCCGGCGGGCCAGCUGGAGCCGCAGCCGCUCCACUGGCGUGGCACGCCGUCGGCCGAGCGCAUGCUCCGCCUCGCACACGUCGCCACGGACGGCGGCACACCCCCGCUGCCGACGGCGGGCGCGACCGGCGGGGUCGGCGCCGCGUGGAGCGGCGCAUUCGCCCUCGAGCCCUCGCGAGACGACUUGGUGGUGGGCGUGCCCGGCCGGCCCGGCCUGCUGGUGGACGUGCUCGUCGAGGAAAGCGACGCCGGGCUGCUCGUCUGCCUCGACGCGGCGGGGGUGCCGCCUUACGUGCUGCACAACGAGUGCGGCGCCCCCCUCGCCGUCCGGCAGAAGGGGUGUGAGCGGCAGCACCUCGCGCCGGCGCGCGGCACUUUGCCGUACGCGUGGGACGAGCCGCUCGGCGAGCGCGUGCUGCUGCUCUCGCCGCUCGGCGAUGCUGGAGCGCUCGAGCAGUAUGAGAUUGCGGUGGACGCACUCGGCGAGCCGGUGGCACACGGCGCGCCGCCCCGCUUCUGGACGGUCACGUCUCUCGGCGAGUCGCACCGCGCCCUCCGGAUCUCGCCGCGGCUGCCGACUGACGCGGCGCGCUCUGCCGAGCUCUCGCUCUCCCUCUCUUUCCUCAUCGCCUCCGCCGGCCUCUCGCUGGUCGACGUCCGCGGCCGCCGCUCCGAGCUGGCGUAUGCGCGCGCGGCUCCCAUCGUGAUCUCGGCGAUGCAGUCGGCGACUGAGCUCGAGUGGCAGCUGCUGGUGACGCGGCUGCAGCUCGACAACCAGCUGCCGCGCGCCGGGCUGACGACCGUCUUGCUCGGCGAGGCGGCCGCCGAGGCGGCGCCGGGCUGGCUGCAGCUCAACGUCUCGCGCCGGCGGACGGAGAAGCGGAUCCGCGAGCUCACAAUCUCGCUGAGCGACACGCAGCUGCAGAUUGAGGAGGCGUUUCUCGGCGCACGGCCGUGGUACGUUGACGAGCUGUCGAUGGCCGAGGCGCGGCUGAGCGUCUCGCACCGGCGGCUGCCAUCCGUUGUGGCGCGGCAGGCGCGGAGCGGGGUGCGGCUGCCUCUUUCGCUGCCCAACUUUGACGGGCUGCCGCUCCGGCUGCGCCCCUUUGAGCGGCGCCACAUCUUUCUGGAGCGCGCGCGCCUGCAGCGGCAGCUCGGCUCGCACUACAAGGCCGAGACGCUGCGCCAGCUCCACCGGAUCGUGCUCCACGUCGCGAGAUCGGGCACGCUCAACGGCGGCGGCGAUUAUGCGCCGGUCGCUCCCGCGCGCAACAUCGCCCAGGGCAUAGCGCAGGGCGGUGUCGGGCUGUCCCGUGGUCUCUUUCACGGCCUGACCGGCAUCGUCGCGGCGCCGAUGCGCGGCGCACGCGACGGCGGCGGCGUGUCGGGUUUUGCGCGCGGCCUCGGCAAAGGGCUCGCCGGCGUGGCGCUCAAGCCGACGGCGGGCAUGCUCGAGCUCGGCGCCAAGGUGUCCGAGGGAAUAAAGAACACGGGCCGGCCAGAGGGCGCAGGGGGCGCCUGCGAGCGGCUCCGGCUGCCGCGCAUGCUCUACGGGCCGGCGGCGGCCAUCCGGCGCUACGACGCCGUCGACGCCGCCGGCUGGGGCGCAGCGCAGGCCGUCGAGGGCGGCCGGUACGCAGCCGAGCCGCUCGUCUGCUGCGCGCUGUGCGCGCCGCGUGGGCCGGCCGAGGCGCUGCUGCUCGUCUCUGUGGAGAGGCUGAUGCUCGUCCACCUGCCGCACGCUGGCGGCGGCGGCGGCCAGGCGGCGCAGGCGGUCACCGGGCUCCGCCUGGAGUGGCAGGUGGCGCUGCGCGAUCUGACCGAGCUCAGCUUCGACGCGGCGGGGCCGGCCGUGGUGCUUUGCUCCCCAGAAUUGCGCGCUGGUGAGCCGCGGGGCGAGGGCGGGAACGCGGGCCUGGAGGCUGCGGCGCAGGCGGCGCGCAUCCCCACCGGGUCCAAGAUUCAGGUCGCCUACUCGCUCCCUCCCGAGGGGGGCAGCGGGUUCGGCGACAUGGUGUACGCCACGGUCCCUAUGGGCUCCGUGGCGACGAAGGUUGCCCGGGACUGGCUCGCUAGCGAGCUCUACGAGCCGUCCCGGCGAGGCAAAAUUGAUGCGGCCUGCAGGGACCGAAAGGUUGCCGAGCUGAUCACGGCUGCCGGCGCCUCGGCGCCGGCCGACGCCGUGUUCGGCGGCAGGUUCGCGACGGGCGAGACGCCCCGCCCGACGACCUCCGCCUCCGAGGCGGACGAGGGCGACGGCGGCGAUGGCGGGGCCGAGAACAUGUCCUUUGACUUAUUCUAG